UGUUUGUGUGUGUAUGUGUGUUGGUGAAUGUGAGUACGGAGGAGCAGCGGCCGCCAUUUCAGGGAGCUAGCCGACGCUGUCGCAGGGGUGGAUCCUGAGCUGCCGAAGCCGCUGCCCUGCUCUCCGGCGCGGGCUCCUUUAAUCCCAUUGUGUCUUUUAGAUUCGCUUGGGCCUAGACGCCCUCGGGGCCCGAUAUUCGGGUUGGGCAGUACCGCGGCCUGGGCCUAGGGGUUUAACAGUAGCCACAGCAGCGGCGGCGGCGGCGGCAGCCGAACUCCCGAGUCGAGCACAGGCGCGCGAAAGCCGGCACAGGCGUGUAGAGAAAAUGGCAGACGAUAUUGAUAUUGAAGCAAUGCUUGAGGCCCCUUACAAGAAGGAUGAGAACAAGUUGAGCAGUGCUAACGGCCAUGAAGAACGUAGCAAAAAGAGAAAAAAAAGCAAGAGCAGAAGUCGUAGUCAUGAGCGAAAGAGAAGCAAAAGUAAGGAACGGAAACGAAGUAGAGAUAGAGAAAGAAAAAAGAGCAAAAGCCGGGAACGGAAACGGAGUAGAAGCAAAGAGAGGAGACGAAGCCGCUCACGGAGUCGAGAUAGAAGAUUCCGAGGCCGCUACAGAAGUCCCUACUCCGGACCAAAAUUUAACAGUGCCAUCCGAGGAAAGAUUGGGUUGCCUCAUAGCAUCAAAUUAAGCAGAAGACGUUCCCGAAGCAAAAGUCCAUUCAGGAAAGACAAGAGCCCUGUGAGGGAACCUAUUGAUAAUCUAACUCCAGAGGAAAGGGAUGCAAGGACAGUUUUCUGCAUGCAGCUGGCAGCACGAAUUCGACCAAGGGAUUUGGAAGAGUUUUUCUCUACAGUAGGAAAGGUUCGAGAUGUGAGGAUGAUUUCUGAUAGAAAUUCAAGACGUUCCAAAGGAAUUGCUUAUGUGGAAUUUGUUGAUGUUAGUUCUGUGCCUCUAGCAAUCGGAUUAACUGGCCAACGAGUUUUAGGAGUGCCAAUUAUAGUACAGGCAUCACAGGCAGAAAAAAACAGAGCUGCUGCAAUGGCAAACAAUUUACAAAAGGGAAGUGCUGGACCUAUGCGGCUCUAUGUGGGCUCGUUACACUUUAACAUAACUGAAGAUAUGCUUCGGGGGAUCUUUGAGCCUUUUGGAAGGAUUGAGAGUAUUCAGCUCAUGAUGGAUAGUGAAACAGGUCGAUCUAAGGGAUAUGGAUUCAUUACAUUUUCUGACUCAGAAUGUGCCAAAAAGGCUUUGGAGCAGCUUAAUGGAUUUGAACUAGCUGGGAGGCCAAUGAAAGUUGGUCAUGUUACCGAACGAACCGAUGCUUCUAGUGCUAGCUCGUUUUUGGACAGCGAUGAAUUAGAAAGGACGGGGAUUGACUUAGGAACAACUGGUCGCCUGCAGUUAAUGGCGAGACUUGCAGAGGGUACUGGUUUGCAGAUACCACCAGCAGCACAGCAAGCUUUACAAAUGAGUGGCUCUUUGGCAUUUGGCGCUGUGGCAGAAUUCUCUUUUGUUAUAGAUUUGCAAACACGACUUUCCCAACAGACCGAAGCCUCAGCCUUAGCUGCAGCUGCAUCUGUUCAACCACUUGCAACACAGUGUUUCCAACUUUCUAACAUGUUUAACCCUCAAACAGAAGAAGAAGUUGGAUGGGAUACAGAGAUUAAGGAUGAUGUGAUUGAAGAAUGUAAUAAACACGGAGGAGUUAUUCAUAUUUAUGUUGACAAGAAUUCAGCUCAGGGCAAUGUUUAUGUGAAGUGCCCAUCAAUUGCUGCAGCUAUUGCUGCUGUCAAUGCAUUGCAUGGCAGGUGGUUUGCUGGUAAAAUGAUAACAGCAGCCUAUGUACCUCUUCCAACUUACCACAACCUGUUUCCUGAUUCUAUGACAGCAACACAACUACUGGUUCCAAGUAGACGAUGAAGGAAGAUAUAGUCCCUAUGUAUAUAGCUUUUUUUUUUCUUGAGAAUUCAUCUUGAGUUAUCUUUUAUUUAGAUAAAAAUAAAGAGGCAAGGGUCUACUGUCAUUUGUAUACAACUCCUGUUAUCUUGAAAAAUAAAAAUGUUAACAGGAA